CCAUUUUACCAAGUCACAAGACUUUUGCAAAUAUAAGAAGCAAUAGGUAACAAAUUCAGAAAUUGCAAAGAGAAAACCGUAGAAUAUCAAUGCAGUCUGAAGAAGAUGACAUGAAGAAGCUAUACGAAGCAUCAAUGAAGUCUGAUACAUCCACUCUAAACAUUUUACUGCAAAAAGAUCCGCUCAUUCUCCACAGAGUUUCACUCUCCACCUUCACUCAAACUCCCCUGCACAUAUCCUCCUUGCUCGGCCAUGUCGAUUUCGCUACGUCUCUUCUCAAUCAGAAGCCGAAUCUCGCAGCUGAGUUGAACUCUCAAGGACAGUCUCCUCUUCAUUUGGCUUCUGCCGAAGGAAAUUCGGAGACUGUCGAUGUUUUAUUGCGAAUCAACGCCGGAAUGUGCUUAGUUGCCGAUAAAAAUGGGAGAAUUCCGCUUCAUUUAGCGGCCAUGAGAGGACGAGUCGAGGUUAUAGAGCGGUUGAUCGGGGCUUGUCCUGAGUCGGUUCGGGCGAAAACGAACGGUGGAGAUACAGUUAUGCAUUUGUGUGUUAAGUAUAGCCAUUUGGAAGCGCUGAAAAUGCUGCUGAGGUUUUCAGGUAAAGAUGGUGAUGGGGAAAUUCUCAACUCUAUGGAUAAUGAUGGAAACAAUGUCUUGCAAUUGGCUGUGAUUAUGAAACAAGUCGAGACAAUCAAGUACUUGCUUUCAGUACCUAAAAUAAAAGUGGAAGCUAAUACAUUAUCUUCAAUCUUCAAAGAACACCCAACAAAUUUGAAAGACUACCCAUCACAACAAGAUUCAAAUAACUCAGAAAAUGGUGGAGAUUGGCUAGAAAAGAGCAGAGGAAAUCUGAUGGUGGUAGCAACAGUAAUAGCAGGAAUGGCAUUCCAAGCAGCCAUAAAUCCACCAGGUGGAGUAUGGGAAUCAGACAAUAAAGAAUGCAAAGCAGGGACUUCAAAAUUAGCUUAUACUAAUGAAGCAAGGCACCAUCAAUUUAUCCUCAACAACACAAUAUCCUUUUGUGCAUCAUUAGCAACAAUUAUUAUACUAGUCAGUGGGAUUCCUCUCAAGAAAAAGGUUUAUAUGUGGAUUUUGCUGAUGGGUAUGAGUAUAACAUUGUUUUUUACAUCAGCUACUUACGUAGUCACGCUUGCAGCAAUGAAAGCGCCUCAUGAUAAAGCGGUUGAUCAUCUUAUUGCUGCCUACACAUGGUUUUGGAUUGUGUUUCUUGUCGUUCUGGUUGCGUUUUAUAUAUUUAAGUUUUUGAUUUAUUUCAUCAAGAAAAUGUUUGUUAGUUUAGUCCAUGUAAUAGUUUCUUGUUUCAGAUUAUAAUCAAUAUGUUCAUAAUAGGCUAUGAGCAUACAUGUAUGUAUAUAUUUUACAGUUGAAUAAUUCUUAUCUGCAA